AUGCUGAUGCCAUUGGCUAUCGAAGCGCCCAACAGAGCUCUGGAACUGGACCGAGAGCAGGACAACCCAGCCUGCCCAGAGACGAUGUCAGCUCGGGUUCGAGAUCGAGAGCGGCAGGCCCCAGGGACAACCGAGCAGAUCCAUCUAGUAGAGCUUCAGUCCCGCAACCAAUUUCUCGCGGAAGUGGCCGAGCUCCUCGAGAGGGUGAAUCUUACGACGUUGAAGACGGCAGAGUGGAACAUGGUUUUCUCCCGACUAGUACUCACCAAGCAACCGGAGCGAGAACAAUUCCCCUUCACCCAAAAUCAUAUCGAGGAUCGUGAACACAACCGGGGUGUGUCCAGUAGUCUGGCAGAGACAAGCCCUACAUCCACUACAACGGGGCGAGCUGCUCCUGUUUCCGGCCGUGCGGGAGCCCGCCCCGGUGCUGCGCACUAUUCAGUAGCCGGAGAGGCAACCAUUGCUUUGGAAGACAGCACACGGCUGGACGUCCGAUAUAACGUGAAACCAUCAUCAUUUUACAAAGUGGGAAGGGUCUUUGUCGUCUUAUGGCACGAGCCCUUCAGCAGCCUGCCUGGAAAUAGCCAGUCUGUUUCCCGGAAUACCUACACCAGUGAGAGAAAUGUCCCCGUCAGCACUGGACCGUACGGGGAGCCGAUAUACACUACACCACGUCGCAUGGUGGUGGUGCGAGAAGACCAUGGUCAUUGCGUCUGCGUCCAGAUCAACACAUAUGGCGGGAGGGGUCUAAAGAAGUUUAGACAGAUCCCCGCUGCCGUUGAAGCUCAUUCGAUCAUUUACAUGGACGGUACCGAAGCAAGAUGGCUGGAAGGCGAGCCACCGUCAAGCAAACGGCAUAUUGCUGUGAGAAGAGCGAAUCAGGGACAGAGGCUCGACCCAGCGAGCCGAGUCUGUUACUCCCGUCCUCACACUGUGGAGCACACUGUCAAAGCAAUGGACGUCGGAAUGGUCACUCGAGAUUGUGUGCCUCACCUGUUGGGGUACUAUGAAGCUCAGAAUAGGGUUUCAUGA